AUGUUAUGGAAGAAAACAAAAAUUUUUGUUGAAACAGAAGAAAAAAUCACCUCGACGACAUCACAGAAGUUUUUAAAAAGGACAAAGAAAAGACUUAAAAACAAGAUUGGGAAACACGUAACUUUAGCAGAACAGAAUCCAUUACAAGAAGCAUUUCAACUCGCACACCCUAAAUCAGUAAUGUACUCCUCGACUCCAAGCUUCAUUGAAUUUUAUUACCUUGAUGAAUUUGAUGAUAGAAUAAGUCGGGGAGAUACGAGCAACAAAAAUAAACAGAUUGUCGUAACCAAAUCUAGACUAUCGGAUAAAAUUGAGAAGGCUGGGUUAUCACGGUCCCCUUUAUUUCAAUUUCGAGUAAACGAUGCAACUUGUAAAGCUACCAUACAUGAUUUGUAUCCAACGAAUUCUGAGAUAACAAAUACCAAACUCAAGGUUACUAAGAAUAAAAAUCAUAUCAAUCCUAAAAGACUCAAAACUGUAGCAGUAACUACAAAGAAAAAGAGAAAUCAUGGCAAAUAUAGAUCUACUCCCACUUCGGUUGCGAUAAAUAAUGACAUGAAUUCCCAGUCAGAAUACUUUAAAAGUAAAAAAUAUAAAAUAAACACAUCAAAACCCAAAACCUACACUGUAAACAAGAGAACCAUAGCUAAUGAUCAUAUAAGAUUCUUCGAAAUCUAUGACAGCGAUGUAAAUACACCAUACAUGAUAGCAGAAGAUGGCGGAGAUAGAAUGAUUGAAAGAAACGAAAUACCUAAUGAAGACAAAAUAUAUCUUCAUCACAUUGACCAUGGAGGCAAACAUGAUGACCUAAAUAUCACUAGAUAUGUUAAGAAGCACAUAAAUCAUAAAACUGCUGACGCGAGUAUGGAUACCGAGAGUUUGAAUGAACCAACAUUUAUUAUUAAUGAUUUCAUACGUCCAACCACAACUCUUUCCAGUAAAAACCAUUCCUCUCUAUGGUCUGAAUUUCCCUUCGUUGCCGUAUAUGUUUAUGAACCAAAUCAGGUCCGUUGUGAUUCCGCAUCAAUUAGUCCCCAUUGGCUUGUAGCAUCUGCGACGUGUUUAAAUCGCCACCAUAGGGAUAUAAAGCUUGAAGGUCGAUCGGCUUUCGUCGCCUACUGUAGCGGUAACUGGAGACAUCCGGGACGAAUUGCCUACGUGAAACAAAGCCUCCUCCACCCACGCUUCCACCCAAAGGACAAUUCAAGACGCCAGCUUUACAAUAUCGGUGCAAUUCAAGUAGUAAAUUCUAUGGCAGACACCUGCAGUGGAUGGGCUCCUGUAUCUCUAAUGUCACAUCAGUUUGUGGCUUCAAGCGACGGCAGCGUUGCUACAGCUCUUGGCUGGGGUCUUGAUAAGUUUGACGAGGGAUAUUCUGAAAGCCCUCUACCUAAACAUCUUACGUUGAAUGAAGGAAUAGUUUACUCGUUUCCUUGUCCCGGGCGUAAUGAUUACAGCAUACCGAAAGGAUUAGAUGAAGGAAAUGUCAGGAAUUUAUAUUGUUUAUCGUUAUAUCACUACGCUGAGAAAAACGUGUCUACGCACGGAAGUCUACUUUUGAUCGGUGAAAAACUAAUAGCAUUAUACUAUCAGGAUGAUCGUCAAAAUUGGAAUAACCAAUAUUCUCAAUACACUGGUAUCUGGCGACUCAUUCCGUGGAUACUUGAUGUUGCAAAGGAACCAGAAGAACAUGAUCACUUUAAUUUAGAUAUGUAA